UGGCAGUUAGCGCGCGGCCGCUCCCGGGGCGCGUGCCGCCGCAGGGGCUUCCGCGCGCGCCGUGCGCAGCGGCGUGAUGGGGGGGGGAGGUGGCGGCGACGGGCGGGCCGGCGGAUGGGGCUGUUCCUCGGCGCGCUCCCACCCCCGCCGGGGCUUUGCCCGCGGCUGCUGCUGCCGGGCUGGCGCUGGGAGGCGACAGCGAGUCCCCGCCGCUGGAUCUGGUCGGGGAAAGCGAACGAGCAAGCGAGACUUUUACCUUUUCUCUCUUUUCCCGUCGUUACCCACCAUGCUGCAGACGCCGCUGCCCGCGGAGGAGAAGCGGCGGCUCAGCCCGGCGCCUUUCUCCUGAGGAGAUGAGGGAGGCGCGGCCGGGACAGAGCUAGCGCGACCCGCGCCUCUCCCUCGUCCUCCCGCGUCCCCGACCACCAUGAGGGAAGAGAGAGAGGCGGCCGCCACGGCCGCCUCCCACCACGGACCUAGCAAAGCCCCGCAGCACUGCCAGCAGCCGGACGGCGGCGGGGCGGCUGCCCUCCCGGCGCUCCCCGGCGGCAGCGGUAGCCCGGAGACCCUACGGAACGGCUACGUGAAGAGCUGCGCGACCCCUCUGAGGCAGGACUCCCCGAAGAGCUUCCUCUCUCUGCUGCUGUUCCCUACCACCACCGCCGUCUCCUCCUCCUCCCGGGCUCUGUUCAGCCUCGGCGCCUUGGCCGCUGCUGUCCUCUUGCUCCUGGCCUUUCACGGCUGGGGCAGCGCCGGGGGCCAGCAGGACGGGAGCAGCUGGCGGAGCCCCUGGCCGCUGCACGCCUUGCUGUGCCUGUCUUGUUGCCUCAGUCCCCUCUUCAGCAUCGCUUGUGCCUUCUUCUUCCUCACCUGCUACCUGACCGGCGGCAGGCGCGGGGAGCACGGCAGCGGCACGACCCGCUGGUGGCUUCUGACGCUUCCCGUGUGCUGCUACUUGGGGGACUUCCUGGCAUUUCAGUGGCUGCUGCCCGCGGAGGGGCAAGGAGAAGAACCCCAGCCCCUCGCCGAGCCGCAGGUGGUCCUGGGCAGGCUCCUGACUGUGCUGGGCUCGGUGGCGGCGCUGACCUUGCUGCAGAGCUCCCUGAAGUUGCGCCGGAGCCUCCUCGUCUUGGUCUUCUCCAGCCUGGUGUGGCUGGUGUCUCUCACCAGCCUUCACUCUCUCCCCCAAGCCCUCAGACCGCUGCUGGCCGGCUCGGUGGGGGUGGCAGGCUGCCUCCUGGCACUCUGUGGUGGAGAGCACGGCAUCCUCUCGGCUCAGAGCCGAGGACCGCACCACCAGCAUCAUCACCACCCACGGCUCUCCGGCGUGGAGGAAAAAGUGCCUGUGAUCCGACCCAGGAGGAGAUCUAGCUGCGUAUCCUUAGGGGAAACUUCGGCCAGCUACUAUGGCAGCUGCAAAAUGUUUAGGAGACCCUCGUUGCCUUGCAUUUCCCGAGAGCAGAUGAUACUUUGGGAUUGGGAUUUGAGGCAGUGGUACAAACCCUAUUACCAGAAUGCUGGCAAUGGAAAUGGAGUUGAUCUUUCAGUACUAAAUGAGGCUCGGAGCAUGCUAGCAGACCUCCUGGCUGACCCAUCCCUUCCACCACAAGUGAUUUCUUCCCUUCGAAGCAUUAAUAGUUUGAUUGGUGCUUUCUCAGGCACAUGCAGGCCAAAGGCUAGUCCCUUCACACCGUUUCCUGGUUUCUUCCCCUGUCCUGAAAUAGAGGAUCCUGCUGAAAAAGGAGAUCGGAAGCUGCUCAAGGGAUUAAGCAGGAAUAGCCUGCCAACACCCCAGCUGAGACGAAGUUCAGGAGUUUCUGGCAUUCCACCCAUAGAAUCAACAGCUUCUAGAUGGGAACGGAGUAACAGCAAGAGAUCACAUCAGGAAUAUAACACAUCGAGCCAAGGAUCUCAUUCAAAUGGGUCUUUUGGUGCAAACCUGCUGACAAUCCCAAAGCAAAGAUCAUCCUCUAUGACACUGGCUCACAUAGGUCCCAGGCGAGCAGGUGCUUCUCCUGGCCUGAGUCCUGUGGGGUCACCUAGCCAUGGAUCUGUCUCCAGUGGGGCUUUCAGCAACUGGUCGCCUGUAGAGUUUCCUGAUACCGCUGAUUUUCUUACAAAACCAAGCAUUAAUAUCUAUAAGCCUGCAGGAUACACAUUUAGUUCUCCAGAUAUUCAGCAGCAAGUUAAAACACCUAUAGGUUAUGUGUGUAGCAGCUGUGGACGUCAGAUUCUCAAGCCUAUGCCAACACCUGAAGCAGAAUUUGCAGAAUAUAAAGACAGAAAAUCAGGUGAAACUGGAAGUGCUAGUGUUCCAAAUGAUUCUUUCCACCAUAUAGAGAAGAAGAAAGAUGAAAGGAAGGAAAUGCUCGAUCAAACACAAAACAACAUCCUUGUGGAGCAGAAUCCUACAUUAGAAACAGCUUUGUUAGACCAUGAUUCUCUAAUGGAGAAGAUGAACAAUUGGAAUUUCCAAAUUUUUGACCUUGUACAAGAAAUGGGAGACCAGUCUGGAAGGAUCCUUAGCCAGGUAACUUAUACCUUGUUUCAAGACACUGGCCUGUUUGAGAUUUUCAAAAUCCCAACUCAAGAAUUCAUGAAUUACUUCCGUGCUCUAGAAAGUGGCUACCGAGAUAUUCCCUAUCACAAUCGUAUACAUGCUACAGAUGUUCUCCAUGCAGUAUGGUAUCUGACCACACGGCCCAUCCCUGGAUUUCAGCAAAUCCACAAUGAGCAUAUCAUGGAAAGUGAUAUGGAUGAAGGCAGUGGUAUUGCACCUGUUCAAGUCAGCUAUAUUUCUUCAAAGAGUUGUUCUAUUGCUGAUGAUAGUUAUGGUUGCCUGGCAUCAAACAUUCCUGCUUUGGAAUUGAUGGCUUUAUAUGUAGCAGCUGCCAUGCAUGAUUAUGAUCAUCCUGGUCGUACAAAUGCUUUUCUAGUGGCUACAAAUGCACCUCAGGCUGUUCUCUACAAUGACAGGUCAGUCUUAGAAAAUCACCAUGCUGCUUCUGCCUGGAAUCUUUUCUUAUCACGACCAGAAUACAACUUCUUGUCCAAUCUUGAUCAUGUAGAAUUCAAGCGUUUUCGUUUCUUAGUGAUUGAAGCGAUCCUUGCCACAGAUCUUAAGAAGCACUUUGAUUUCCUUGCAGAAUUUAAUGCCAAGGUCAAUGAUAUCAACAGUCAUGGCAUAGAAUGGAGCAAUGAAAAUGAUCGUCUGCUGGCCUGUCAAAUAUGCAUCAAACUGGCAGAUAUUAAUGGCCCAGCAAAAGUUAGAGAGCUGCAUCUGAAAUGGACAGAAGGCAUUGUUAAUGAAUUUUAUGAACAGGGUGAUGAGGAAGCAAGUCUUGGAUUGCCUAUCAGCCCCUUCAUGGAUCGUUCUUCUCCACAGCUUGCAAAACUGCAGGAAUCUUUCAUCACUCAUAUAGUUGGCCCCCUUUGUAAUUCCUAUAAUGCAGCUGGGUUGCUUCCAGGGCAAUGGGUUGAUGAAGAGGAAGAGGAUACAGAAAGUACUGAAGACGAUGAUGGAGCACAGUUAGAGAGUGAUGAUGAAGAAAUGGAAGAUGAUCUUAUUUUAAAAGCUCAAAGGAAAAAGGGUAGAAGAAUAUUUUGCCAGCUAAUACAUCAUCUCAGUGAAAAUCACAAAAUAUGGAAGAAAGUCAUUGAAGAGGAAGAAAAAAAUAAAGCUGAAGGAGCUAAACUGCUGACUGAGAUAUCAUCUUUACCUCAACCAGAUGAAAUUCAGGUUAUUGAGGAAGCUGAUGAAGAAGAUGAACGACAACUAGGAGAAGAAAAGACAUGCUAAGAAAACUUCAGUGGUGUCCAGUAUGACGAUAGCCUACUUUUGUUUUCACUGUGCUGACUUUAGCCUGACACAGUUCACAUAAAAUUGAAAGGCCUUAAUACUGUGAGAGGAUUCUUUCUACUCUAGUGGAAUCCCACUCCUAUGCACUUUCACCACACAGAAUAUGAAACUUUAUUAAAAGACUGAGUAUUGUAUACCCUGAUGCAAAGUUCUUUAUGCCUUAGUUGGUAUAAAAUAUCCUGAUAUAAUGCUGCCUUGCUGAAUAUGGAACUCUUCUUUUCCUUGAGGUACCUGCAAUUUAUAAAAACAUUCAGUGACUUCAAUUACCAAAGUGGCAAGAACUUUUUGCUAACAAGGAAAUAUGGGAUGAAUCCUAAUAUUGAUGUUCAUUUCAUGUUGUUUUUGAACAUGAAUGAGAAAAGUCUGUGCCUAUAUGAAAACUGUGUUACUGUUGCAGUGCAAGCCUGUUGUGGGGUGUCUACUUAGUGCAGUAGUGUGCUUAACGUAGCCAUCUCAGAGCAACUGUUCAAGGACUGUGACAUAAAUGCUGAAUUCUGAUAUUUGUGGUUUAAAAAAAAAAAAAAAAGAAAAGAAAAAAUCCAGGUGCAUCUAUUUCUGAUGCUUUUUAUUAUUGUGCAUAAUCUGAUGUUUUAUUUUUGCAGAAAAUAUUCAGGUUUGCAGUGGGUGUUCAUGAUAAUUCAUUGAAUACAAGGCCAUUAUUAUCUGUUGCCUUGCUGUUUUGUGGUAGAACAUUAAAAACCUGUUCAGCUACUUAAAUUAUUAAGAAAUUGUUUUCUUUUAGUCAUAAUGCUAUAUUUCCUCCCCUUACUCAGGUUCCUGUUUAAAACCAAGUCAACCACAUCACAGAUUUUUAUCUUCCAUGAAUUUUGGGUAUUAAAUUUGAAGGAAAUAAGAUGGUAUUUCAUUUAUUCUUUGUAUGUAAAACUAUAGGAGAAUUCAAGAGAUCAAAAAAAAGAUAAGAAGACACAAACUACUGGUUUACAAUGGCUAGUGUAUUCCAAUAUGUUCCACAUCUUUUCCUCCAUCACAGACAUAGCCUAUAUUGCCUUCAAGUUUGAUCUACAUCCUGAAGCAUACACAUGGCAAGCAGAAUGUCGAAACUUUGUGUAAAGCCUAAUAGCAAGGUAAACAUCACUGUACUAUAUUACAUUUUAGAUACCGAGGUUUUCAAUAAGAUGCUUAGACAUUUGACACAAAUGUGUAUUAGGAACAUGACCAUUGUAGGUCAAAAUUUUUUAAAAAAAUAAAAAAAUUAGGCUACAAAUCUGUAACCAAGCCACAAAUAGAGCUAAGUUUAAAAGUGCACCUUUUAGUACUAAACAUUUAUAUGCUGUGCAGUGGAAUUGAAUAAAAACAAAUGCACACGUGUGCAAAUUGCUAAAUGUAUCUUAGCAUAUUUGUGUUUACAUUUGCAUCAGCUGACUUGAAAAAAGAGAAGGCAACAUUCCUAAAAGAACCUUGUGUAAAUUGUAUUGCGCUGUUUUA